AAAAGACAUAUCUUUGUCCGAAACACCGGCGUGAUUUUUCAGACUAAUCGGCAAACAAUUAACUUCAGUCGCCCGGAGGUAUUCUGAUUGUACGGACGCGGGCCACACACCACGAGAGCCAUAAGCUUCCAGGUUUCUCCUCCGCGGAACGAUGUCGGAGACUCACCGGAGUCAAUCUAACAACGAACGAAUCGAAAACUCCGCUGCUUGAAACAUUAUUGGUGAUGGGGUGUGAUCUUUUUGUUUUGUCUGAAGAGAAUCAACACCGAAGAGUUGUGAUAGAGAACAGUCACGGUGAGAAACUCGUUGGAGUUUUGCAAGAUACAGGCUCAACCGAGACUGUUGUCAUCUGCCAUGGCUUUCAAUCAUCAAAGGAUCGUAUCCCCAUGAGGACAAUAGCCAAUGUCUUUGAAAGCGCAAAGAUCACUACUUUCCGGUUUGAUUUCGCUGGCAACGGGGAAAGCCAAGGAUCGUUUCAGUAUGGUAACUAUCGCCGCGAAGCUGAAGAUCUCCGCUCUGUUCUCCAACACUUGCGUGGGGAGAACCGUGUAAUCUCUGCAAUAAUCGGACAUAGUAAAGGUGGGAAUGUGGUGCUUUUGUAUGCAGCAAAGUACAAGGCUGUGGAGAUUGUUGUGAACAUCUCAGGACGGUUUUUUCUAGAGAGAGCGAUAGAAGGGCGGCUUGGUAAGGACUACAUGAAGAGAAUCAAAGAGAAUGGGUUCAUCGAUGUUAGGAACAGAAAGGGAAAGUUUGAAUAUAGAGUAACCGAAGAGAGUCUAAAGGACCGUCUAACAACCAAUACUCAUGAAGCUUGUCUCUCAAUUCAUGAAAACUGCAGGGUGUUGACAGUUCAUGGUUCAGACGAUAGGAUCGUGUCUGUAACAGAAGCAUCUGAAUUCGCUAAGUACAUAAAGAAUCAUAAACUCUGUCUUAUUGAAGGAGCUGAUCAUGAGUUCACUUCUCACCAGCAUCAGCUUGCUUCUACUGUUUUAUCAUUCUUCAAGAAAGAUGAUGAUAAUGAUGGUGUUGUCAGUACAAGUGACCAAGUCCCCAUGAGAUCAGUUGUUCCGAUUACUUCACGAAUUUAAAAGUAUUUGUUCAAUACAGACUGCUAAGUCUUUUUAGGUGGUCUGGUUUUGUAUAUCAGUUAAGCACAUUAAGAUUAUCAAAAUGUUCUUAUCAUUGAUAAAAUCUUCAUGUCAGUUACUAA